UAUGAGUGGUUGAUGGUUCCUGUGCAGAAGUUGUACAAUUUAAUGUUAUUUUACAUUGUCAAUUUAAUGCAUUUGUUGCCGUUUGAUUGAAAUACUAAAGUCUGUGAUAAAGUCAAGAUAUAUAGAUUAUCACAAACAGAUUUAAACAUGUCCAUGUCAGCUGUUUUUAUCCUGGAUGUUAAAGGAAAGGUCCUUAUAUCAAGAAAUUAUCGUGGAGAUUUAGAGAUGUCUGUGAUAGAAAAGUUUUUUCCAUUGGUUUUGGAUCGUGAGGAUGAAGGCAAUUCGUCUCCAAUUAUAAUUCACGAGAGCGCUACAUUUACUUAUAUAAAACAUCAUAAUCUUUAUGUUGUUGCCACAACAAAGAAGAAUGCAAAUGUAGCAUUGAUCUUUUCCUUUUUACAUAAGUUAGUGAAGGUAUUCAUGGAAUAUUUCAAAGAAAUGGAGGAAGAAAGUAUCAGGGAUAAUUUUGUAAUUAUUUAUGAACUCAUGGAUGAGCUUAUGGACUUUGGCUACCCACAAUUUACGGAGAGCAAGAUUUUACAAGAAUAUAUCACUCAGGAAGGUCAUAAACUUGAAGUAGCUCCACGUCCACCAGAGGCAUUAACUAAUGCAGUUUCAUGGAGAGGACAGGGGAUUAAAUAUAGGAAGAAUGAAGUCUUCUUAGAUGUCAUUGAAUCUGUUAAUUUAUUGGUCAACUCUAAUGGAAAUGUGCUUCAAAGUGAAAUAGUUGGAGCGGUGAAGCUCAGAUGCUAUCUGUCAGGAAUGCCUGAGUUAAGACUCGGGUUAAAUGACAAAAUACUUUUUGAAAACACAGGCCGUGGUAAAAGUAAAGCAGUUGAACUGGAAGAUGUCAAAUUUCAUCAAUGUGUCCGACUAUCAAGAUUUGAUAAUGACAGAACUAUUUCAUUUAUCCCUCCUGAUGGGGAAUUUGAGUUGAUGUCAUAUCGCCUAAACACACAUGUGAAACCAUUGAUUUGGAUUGAAUCUGUCAUCGAGAGGCACUCCCAUAGCAGGGUGGAGUACAUGAUUAAAGCUAAGAGUCAAUUCAAAAGACGUUCGACAGCCAAUAAUGUUGAGAUUCAGAUUCCUGUACCUGCUGAUGCUGAUUCGCCAAAAUUUAAGACAACGGUGGGAACAGUGAAAUACGCUCCAGAGACCAACGUCAUUGUCUGGAAUAUAAAAUCAUUCCCAGGUGGAAAAGAAUUCUUAAUGAGAGCUCAUUUUGGUCUCCCAAGCGUUGAAGCAGAGGAAUCACAGGGAAAUCCUCCAAUUAAAGUAAAAUUUGAAAUUCCAUACUUCACUGUAUCUGGUAUACAGGUUCGAUAUCUUAAGAUUAUCGAAAAGAGUGGUUACCAAGCUUUACCGUGGGUCCGCUACAUCACACAAAAUGGAGAUUACCAACUGCGUACGACGUAAUUUAUACCAACGAUGAUCUCUUCUCAUCGAUAAUAAGACUAAUAUUGAUAUUGAGAAUUUACAAAUUUAUUCCUCGUUUAUACGCUAGGUU